AUGGACAAAGUGGUCAUCAGUCUCCUGCUUCUGGGAACCGCAGUAACGAUGGUCCAUGCAUGUCCAAAAUACUGUGUCUGCCAGAACCUCUCAGAGUCUCUAGGGACUCUGUGCCCCUCCAAAGGCUUGCUCUUUGUCCCGCCAGACAUUGACCGGCGAACUGUGGAGCUCCGGCUGGGCGGCAACUUCAUCCUCAAGGUCACCACCCUGGACUUUGUCAACAUGACGGGUCUUGUUGAUCUCACCUUGUCCCGUAACACCAUCAGCACCAUCCAGCCUUUCUCUUUCAUCGACCUGGAGACCCUAAGAUCCCUUCACCUUGACAGUAACAGGUUGACUGAGCUGGGACCCGACGACCUCCGAGGACUGGCCAACCUGCAACACCUGAUCAUCAACAACAACCAGCUGAAUCAGAUCGCUGACACAGCCUUUGACGACUCGUUAUCGACAAUGGAAGAUCUGGAUUUGUCAUAUAACAACUUGCGCAAUGUGCCUUGGGAAGCCAUCCGCAAGAUGGUUAACCUCCAUCAGAUAAGUCUGGAUCAUAACCUCAUAUUGUACAUUUCUGAGGGGACUUUUACAGAUCUGGAUAAACUGGCCCGCUUGGACCUCACCUCCAACCGUCUCCAGAAGCUCCCUCCAGACCCCAUCUUUGGGCGCUCACAAAGCAAUGUAGUGAUGAGCACUCCUUAUGCACCUCCGCUCUCUCUAAGCUUUGGAGGAAAUCCAUUGCACUGCAACUGUGAAGUGCUUUGGCUUCGAAGGCUAGAGCGGGACGAUGAUAUGGAAACUUGUGCAUCUCCUAAUAGUCUAAAGGGGCGCUACUUUUGGUCUGUUCGUGAGGAGGAGUUUGUUUGCGAGCCCCCUCUGAUCACGCAACACACACAUAAAUUACUAGUGCUUGAAGGCCAAACGGCUAGCCUGCGCUGCAAAGCAGUCGGGGAUCCGAUGCCAACUGUGCAUUGGGUUGCUCCUGAUGAUCGUUUGAUCAGCAACUCCUCCCGAGCAACAGUAUACGAAAAUGGCACCCUGGACCUUUUAAUCACCACAUCUAAUGAUUACGGGAUUUUUACCUGCAUAGCUGCCAAUGCUGCAGGGGAAUCUACGGCCUCCAUUGAACUGUCAAUCAUUCAACUCCCCCAUCUGAGUAAUGGUACCAACCGUACCACACAGUCCAAGUCAGGGCUUUCAGAUAUAACCAGUUCUACCAAGAUCAGUAAAGGGGAGCCUAAACCUCUACCAGAGAAGGUGGUUUCUGCAUCAGAAGUGACUGCCAUCUCUGCACUGGUCAAGUGGACUGUUAGCAAAUCAACUCCAAAGGUCAAAAUGUAUCAGCUUCAGUACAAUUGUUCUGAGGAUGAAGUCCUUAUUUACAGGAUGAUUCCCAUGACUAACAGAGCCUUCAUAGUCACAAAUCUUGUCCCAGGAAUGCAGUAUGACUUGUGUGUCUUGGCCAUCUGGGAUGACACCGCUACCACCCUAACUGCCACCAACAUAGUCGGCUGUGUCCAGUUCAUAACCACGGAGGACUACCCGCAGUGCCAUUCUCUCCACAGUGGCUUCCUGGGUGGCACCAUGAUUCUAGUCAUCGGUGGCAUCAUCGUGGCCACGCUGCUGGUGUUCAUCAUCAUCCUCAUGGUGCGGUACAAGGUGACAAGUGGCAUCCAGACCGAUAAACUACCUGCUGUGAGCAACACGUACUCGCAGACCAACGGGGGGUUGAACCGGUUCAGCGGUGCCCAGCCGCAGGUCAAAUCCACAGUGGUGGUCAUGCGUGAGGAAAUGGUAGAGUUCAAGUGUGGAUCCCUCCAGAGCAGUCUAUCUUCAUCAUCAUCAUCAUCAUCUUCUAACUCAUUAGACAGCAAAAUAGGAAGGGGGGCUGGCGACCACUACAGCAUGCAGAGCAGUGAAUGCAGCACCUUGCCCAGCAGCAAGUUCAGGAGGCAUGGCACCAAAGCACGGCCAAACCUGGACCACCUUUUAGGAGCCUUCACCUCACUGGAGCUGCGAGGGGUAGCAAGGGACCACCACCGGGCUUCUGGCCCCACUACCUCUUCUAAUGCUAUGAUCACGGUAGCAAUGGUACCCCCGUCUGAUAAACAACCCCUGCUCGGUAGGGCCGAGUCAACCACCAUGCUGGGACGUCUGUUAGGGAUGCCCCAAGAGGGUAAGCCCAGGAGGAGCCACUCGUUUGACAUGGGUCACGUGGGGGCGGCACAGUGUCGCGGCAGCCACCCUCGCAGAAUCAGUAACAUCUGGACUAAGCGCAGUCUGUCUGUUAACGGCAUGCUGCUGCAGUACGAUGACAGUGAGGACGAGAAACCUGCUUUCGAAAGCGCGGAGUGGGUGAUGGAAAGCACAGUUUGAGUGGGUCUUACUAUGAGGUCCAUGGCCAAUAAAUCUAUAUCAGGAGCUAAAGGGACAUGAGUGUUUUGGCAAGGUGUUGCAAAUGGGAAUCUGCAUUUGGGUACUGCAUGAAGUUCAUCCAUGUGAAUACUGUCUAAAUGAUGUGAGAAAAGACACUAAAAUCCAUAGAUUACUGGCCAUUAUCUCAAAUCUCUGAAAGUGUCUAACUGUAUUUCAAUACUGUUCCCAUGUCAAAACAACACUGAUUCCUGGAUUGUGCAGUGGGAAUAAUUUCCCAACCACAAGGCAUAUUAAAGUGUCUCAUAGAGAAAGAGGGGGGAAAACGAUGAUCAAUUAUGAGUGGAUUUACUAAGUCUUUGUCGAAAAACUGAAUGCCAAGAGGAUUUGCCUCGGCUGUGGUGAACUGAAUGUGUGUCACAAUGUCUUGGACCCUCAGCAUGAAAUGGAACUACUGCAACAGAAAAUGGGACUGCUGCGACAGUAGCGAGAAAGACUGGAAGAGCGAAUCGAACAUUAAAACAAAGUCAUUUUUAUUUUCAUCUUGGUUUUUCUACCAUUUUUACUAUUUAUUAUUUGAGGUAAUUCCUCAGCAGGCACAGCUCUUUUAAUGAGAUUAUACACAUACACAGCUAUCCCUUCACAUCACUCAAAAUUACACAUUUCAAUCUGUUACAAAAAGAAACCUUUUUUACAGUAAGGUCUUUAGGCCUUAGAUAUUAGAAACACUGAGGCAAAAUUAGCCAGUAUAACCCAGCCUGGAUUUCUACCUCAGGUUAUGAAUCAUAUGUGGUUAUUUAAAUAUGAAAGCAAAUGGAAAAACAACAAACAAUCCAAAUGCACAAGAGGAUUACAAGCAGCUCAAAACACAAACUUCUUCACUUGUUUGCAAACGCUUCAAAGAAUAGUUUUUUACCCAAUGAAAUUGAGUUUGUUUCCAGCUCAGGUUUAUUUCCAAAAUGUCUUUUUGAGAGCUUUGAAUGGCUAAUAUUGACGACAGUUUCAUCUUUAGGCUCAAAUGACAUUGAUGUAAGCCCAGUAUUAUCCUCAUGAUACUGUCUCAGAUGCUUACAGCACAUAUUAGUAUCACCAGAUGGGAAUAGUCUUUGAAAUCCAUCAAGGCCACACAAUAAUUUGCUUAUCCUCACAGCAGGAUGUAUACGGCUCUAAUUCUCUUUAGUUAACAAUAACAAGGGAGUACGCCACUUAUUCAUUUAGCCAGGUUAAAUGGCGGAAUGAGUCCAAAUUGACUUUUAUUAGUUUGAUGAAGGUCAUUAUGCUGCUCAAGGGAGGAUGUUAAGUGGAGAAAAUGGGAAAAAGAUAACUUUUUAAAAAGGGCCAAACAGCUGGAAACUAGCUUGAAAUAUAUCUCACAAGAUUGCGUGAUACAGAACCACAGUUGGUUUUUGUAUUAUGUGAGUUGAUUCAUCAAAAGAACCAUUCAUCUUUUACCGUCUUUCAUUCAGAGCUGUACAUUGCAGUAUGAUUCUUUGAAUUAGUGGCUAUUGGGAUUACUGCCAAGACAUCCCUAAACAUUUUGAUGCCUUUCUCGAUAUAUUGUGGUUUUCUGCUGCAUUUAAAAAAUGUCGGGUGGUCAUAAUUUUUGUAUUAUUUUCAUCCUCGGUGUACUGUUCUGUAUAUUGAAAUUUUUUUUGUACAAAAACUGGGUGAGAA